AUGAGACAGACCAGUGCGAUCAGUCUGUAUCUCACAGCUUUACUCCUUCUUAUUCUCCCCUUAUGUCGACACGCAGUCUUGGUACGAGGGGACGCUGAUUUUCUCGACGUAAGAACAAAGCUGGUCAAGGACCGCAGUGGAAAGGGCGGGGAUCCCAAGGACAAAUACUUCCACGAAUCGACCUUCCAUCCGCACUACGAUGGACGAUUCGCAGCAGCAGAGAUUGGAAAGGAGCAAAGACUGCCGCACCUCACGGCGUUGAUGCAGACGUUUCUGUCCACCAUGGCCGACAUUGGAGCCGAGACGUGGAUCAUGCACGGAACGCUGUUGGGCUGGUGGUGGAACCAGAAGAUCUUACCGUGGGACUCGGACAUCGACGUUCAGGUUUCCGAGGUCACCAUCGCCUUCCUGGCAAAAUACUACAACAUGACCGAAUAUCAUUUCCGCAUACCCGGCGUCGAGAACGGUCGUACAUAUUUGUUGGAGGUUAACCCACACUAUACCAUCCGUGGGACUGAAGAUACAUUGAAUGUCAUCGAUGCUAGGUGGAUCGACACUGAUACUGGUCUUUUUAUCGAUAUCUCAACGGUCCGAAUUGAUUAUCCAGCAAGAGCGGAGGGUGUUCAAGGUGCCAUGAUGUCCAAGGACAGGCACACGUAUAAGGAACAAGAUAUUUUUCCACUACGAGACAGUUUCUUCGAGGGGAUCCAUGUUAAGAUUCCCUUUGAGUAUGCAACAUUAUUGGAGGAAGAAUAUGGGAAAAAAGCCCUGACUCUGACCACCUUCGAGCACCAUGAAUUCAAUUACACCAGCAAAAUCUGGGAGCCACAGACCGGCGCCCCCACUGAGAAACCUGGCCGACGAAAAAGACCGUUCACCCCUCGACCUCAACCGCCGAGCCAGAAUCAAACCUGA